AUUAGCUAUACACAUCUAGCUACUGUUAGCUAGCCGGCGGCUAAGGAGCAAGCUAAAACAUUAAUUUGUCUUAAUGUCGCCUGUGUUAUCAAGUGAUGGCAAGAGAACAGUGUUCAGAAACCGAAGCUGAACUAUAUUACCUCAUUGCCAGAUUCUUGCAGUCUGGACCCUGUAAAAGAGCAGCACAGAUCCUGGUUGAGGAGCUGGAAGAGUAUGAGUUGGUCCCUCAACGAUGGAGUUGGGACGGGAAGAAAUACAAACGGACCUUCCAAGAUUGGGUGAUUUUGAACCAGCACAUUCCUGCAGACUACCUGCUCCGUGUCUGCCAGAGGAUAGGUCCGCUUAUAGAGAAGGAGAUUCCCCCUAGUGUUCCUGGGGUCAAAACACUUUUGGGGCUAGGAAGACAGUCCUUGCUUCGUACCACCAAAAGUUGUAGCCACAAAGUAUGCAGCGGCUCAGCUAUUGCUGCGCUUCAUCGAGGACGUCCACCAGAACCUCCAGUCAGCAAUGGAGAUGCUCCCAGCAUUGUGUCAAUCAUGGGAGCUCGCCAGGCCACAGGUACGGCUCGUUUCGGCCAGGCCCUGCCGUCUUCCUCCUACCAACACAUAAAGAUACACAAACGCAUCCUUGGCCACCUUUCUUCAGUGUACUGUGUAGCCUUUGACCGCACUGGUCGUCGGAUAUUUACGGGUUCUGAUGACUGCCUGGUGAAAAUCUGGGCCAUAGAUGAUGGCCGGCUCCUGGCAACUCUCCGUGGCCACUCAGCAGAGAUCUGUGACAUGGCUGUCAACCAUGAGAAUACUCUCAUUGCCUCAGCCAGCUGUGACAAGACCAUCAGGGUGUGGUGCCUACGUACCUGUGCACCCAUCACUGUCCUGCAGGCCCACGCUGCCUCCAUCACAUCUAUACAGUUUUGUCCAGCUAUCAAAGGAACAACACGGUACCUGGCUUCCACCGGUGCAGAUGGCAUGGUGUGCUUUUGGAAGUGGCACUCAGUGACCACAAAGUUCAAUGAUCAACCUGUCAAGUUUGUUGAGCGGUCACGACCAGGAGUACAAGUGUCAACUUCCUCCUUCAGCAGUGGUGGCAUGUUCAUGGCUACUGGUGGUACAGAUCACUUGAUCAGGGUGUACUACCUUGGUGCUGAAACUCCCAUGAAGGUGUCUGAGAUGGACGCUCACUCUGAUAAAGUUGUAGUUGUCCAGUUCAGCAAUAACAGUGACAACCUGAGGUUUGUGAGCGGGAGUCGAGAUGGCACAGCCAGAAUCUGGCAUUACCAGCAACAGGAGUGGAAGAACGUCACUUUAGACAUGGCUACCAGGCUACCUGGGACCUCUGCUGCCAAUGGGGACGAUAAGACCAAGUUGGUGGUGACCAUGGUGGCGUGGGACCGCAACGAUAGCACUGUCAUCACAGCUGUGUCAAACUACCUGCUUAAAGUGUGGAGCUCAGCCACCGGACAGCUUCUGCAUGUUUUAUCAGGUCAUGAUGAUGAGGUGUUUGUGAUUGAAGCUCACCCAUUUGACUCCCGUAUCAUACUCUCUGCUGGCCAUGACGGCAACAUUUACAUCUGGGAUCUGACCAAAGGAGCCAAAAUCCGCAACUUCUUCAACAUGAUUGAAGGGCAAGGCCACGGUGCUAUUUAUGACUGCAAGUUCUCAGCUGAUGGGCAGCAUUUUGCCUGCACUGACUCACACGGCCAUUUGCUCAUCUUUGGCUUCGGCUGCAGCAGGCCAUAUGAGAAGAUUCCUGACCAGAUGUUCUUCCAUACCGACUACCGACCUCUUAUCCGUGACUCCAACAAUUACGUGCUGGACGAACAGACACAGCAAGCCCCACACCUAAUGCCUCCUCCCUUCCUGGUGGAUGUUGAUGGAAACCCUCACCCUCCUCACUACCAGCGCCUGGUGCCAGGAAGAGAGAACUGCAAAGAAGACCAGCUGAUUCCUCAGCUAGGCUACAUGGCUAACAGUGAUGGUGAGUUGGUUGAGCAGGUACUCGGCCAGCAGACGGCAGACAACAGAGAAAGCCUUCUGGACAAUCUCAUCAGACAGCUACAGGACGAGCAGGACCAACGUCACAAUGCAGAGCAGCAGGCAGAAGCUAAUGCUGAUGAUGCAGCAGAGGUGGUGCCCUCUUCUCCAGCCGCUGAACCCCGCAGGACUGGGCAGGUGGAUGGCGUGUGGCAGAUGCAGCACAAUGCACUGCGUAGUCAGGUAGCCACUGAGAGGGAUCUGCUAGCCUGGAGCCGCAGAGUGGUGGUCAAUGAAUUGCCUCAUGGAGUAUUCAGAGUUUUGGAGGAGUGCAGACAAGCCAAAAGCGACCUAGAAUGUUCUCUAUACAAUGCAGAGAGAAGAAAGAAACCUGUAGCAUGCUUACCUAAGAGCGAUCCGCUGACUACACGUCUUCGCACCCUGCGACCAACCAAGAAAAAACGGCAACAUCACGCCUAUCAGACCCGGUCAGCACAAGUCCGCCGUCCUGGGACCAGAAGGCGAAAUUCAAGCAACCGGCGAAACUCUGACAGCCAGGCGGAGUCUGACAGUGAUGGAGAAGGAGCAGAGCAGGCGGAGCAGAGUGAGGCCUCCUCUGAUGGUGAAACUCAGUGGCAGACAGAAAGCAGCUCCAGUGACUCCUCCAGUGAGUAUUCUGAUUGGACAGCUGAUGCGGGGAUCAACCUCCAACCACCAAAGAGAUCAAGCAGGAGGCCUGUGCAGCCCCAAGGAUACAGCAGCUCUGAGGAGGAGGAAGGUGAUGACAAAGCAAAGGAGGCAAAGAAGAAGGAAAGUGAGAAAAAGAAGAAGCCCAAGGAGACCAAACAAAAACCCACAUCCUCCCUGGCUGGACUUGAUGCUGAGGAGUGGAUGCCACCAUCAUGGAUAAUGGAGACAAUCCCACGCCGCUCUCCUUUCGUUCCACAAAUGGGCGAUGAGCUCAUCUACUUCAAACAGGGCCACCAGGCCUAUGUGCGGGCUGUCCGCAGGGCCAAGGCGUACAGUAUCAACCCUCAGAAACAGCCGUGGAACAGACUUGACCUCAGGGAUCAGGAAACUGUGAAGGUGGUGGGAAUUAAAUAUGAAGUGGGACCUCCCACCCUCUGCUGCCUCAAACUGGCUUUCUUGGACCCAGUCUCAGGGAAGAUGACCACUGACUCUUUCUCCUUAAAAUACCAUGACAUGCCUGAUGUCAUAGAUUUUCUGGUCCUGCAGCAGUUUUACAAUGAGGCUAAAGAGCGCAACUGGCAGCCAGGUUUGAGGUUCCGCAGCAUCAUUGAUGACGCCUGGUGGUUUGGCACGGUAGAGGACCAGGAGCCUCUGCAGCUGGAGUAUCCAGACAGCCUGUUUCAGUGCUAUGCAGUAAAAUGGGAUAAUGGUGAGCGUGAGAAAAUGAGUCCCUGGGACAUGGAGCCCAUUCCAGAGGAAGUUACAUUGCCAGAGCAGGUUGGUGAAGGCGUUGAGGUGGCAGAGGAUGAGCUGAAGGCUCUGCUCUACCGGCCUCAGGAGGGCGAGUGGGGGGCUCACACUCGAGAUGAAGACUGUGAGCGAGUCAUCCAAGGCAUCGACCAGCUUCUCACACUAGAGGUUGCCAAGGCAUUUGCAUACCCUGUAAAUCUUCGAGACUACCCUCUCUAUUGCACUGCGGUGGCUUACCCCACUGACCUCACCACCAUCCGUACACGGCUGGAGAACCGGUUCUACAGGCGGAUCUCUGCUCUAAUGUGGGAGGUGAGAUACAUUGAACACAAUGCCCGCACUUUCAACGAACCCCAGAGUCCCAUUGUAGCAACUGCCAAGGUGGUGACAGACGUUCUCCUGCACUACAUCGGGGACCAGAGCUGCACAGACAUCCUGGAUCUUUAUCAUAAAUUGAGGUCUGAGAUCAGCAGCGGAGGAGAAGCUGAGGCUGACUUGGAUGUAGACUCUGACACUCCAGGAACGUCUACAGGACAACGGGGAUCGAACCCAAAUUCAAAGAAGCGCGGUGUGUCGUUGGAUGCGAAAGCGUGGCGAGGUCAAUGCAAAGAGCUCCUGCGUCGGAUGAUUGCCUCGCCCGAUUCAGAACCGUUCAGACAGCCUGUGGACCUCUUUGAGUAUCCAGACUAUAGAGACAUCAUUGACACUCCCAUGGACCUGGGCACAGUGUCAGAGACACUGGUUGGAGGGAAUUAUGUAAACCCAAUGGAGUUUGCCAAAGAUGUGCGCCUCAUUUUCAGCAACUCCAAGGCGUACACACCCAACAAAAAAUCCCAGAUCUACACCAUGACCCUCAACUUGUCAGCCUUCUUUGAAAAAAACAUCAUCUCCAUCAUCUCAGAUCACAAAUCAGCCAUUCAGAAUGAGCGGCGAGCUCUCCAGCGGCUUAGUUACAGGAGCAGGCUGCACAACGGAGGCAGCUCACCACCCAUCAGUCCAUCCCCCAGUCCUAAAGGGAAGCACAAGUCAGGGAAGGUGUCAAAGCCAAAAAAAUCCCAGACCUCAACAAAGAGUCGUUCUCAGAGGCCAUACCAGGCUAAGCAAAGCAGCAGUGUAGCAGAGGAGGAAGACAACCAGCCCUCUUCCCCGAGUUCAGGGAUGAGCAGAGACAAUGAGGAGCACCGGGUGACCCGCAGCCGCACAACUCCAGUGAAGAAGUCAGGGCAUCGGCGAAACCUCCAUCUGAGUAACGGCUCCAGACAGCGCCACAAGCCUGAAGCACCGCAGUCUGACGACGACGACGAGGCGUCUGGAUCCAACAGCUCCUCAUCUGAGUCAUCCUCCACCUCAUCUUCGUCCUCUUCUUCGUCGUCGUCAGACAGCGAGAACAGCUCUGACUCUGAGGUAGAGAAGUAUGUGGAGGGGGGGGACCACGACUACAGCAAAGCCCCCCGCCUCUCUGUGAGCCUCGCAGCCAAGGGAAAGAUGGCGGCCUCAGGGAAAAGGAGACAUAAAGGAGGGGAGGAGGAGGCACAGAGACCUAAAAGAGCACGGGUGCAGCUGCCUGUGGAGGAGGAGGAGGAGGAGGAGGAGGAAGAGGAAGAGGAGGACGAUGAAGAUGAGGAGGAUGAAGAAGAAGAGGAAGAAGAGGAGGAGGAGCAGCCGCAGGUGCAGCAGCAAAAGGAGGAGAUAAGACAUGAAGAAGAGCAGGGAGAAGAAGAUGAGGAGGAGGAUGAAGAGGAAGAGGAGGAGCCUGAGGAGGAAGAGGAACCUGAGGAAGAAGAAGAGGAGGAGGAAGAGGAUGAGGAUAACCCAGUAGUGCAGAGAGGAGCUGGAGCAGCAAAGAAUCCACCAGAGAGAGGCAGCCAGUGUAAGUCUCGGCGUGUGAAUACACGAAACCAGGGCCGCAGGACAGUAACAUACAGGGACGACUCAGAGGAUGAUGGCCAGGGGUCCAAAGAGGACCCCCUCAAUCUGGGCAUGUCCCGCUCAGGACGUGUGCGCCGCAUGACUGAGAAAGCCCGCGUCAGCCACCUCAUGGGCUGGAGUCACUGACAUGUCGCCCCAUUCUCAAACCUCAAUAAAAUAAAAAAACUGUCAACCAUGAUUAAAACUUCAGGGAUUUUUCUUCUUUCUUUUUGUACAAGUGUAUAUAUAAUAUAUAAAUAUGAUGUUUCUUUUUAUCUGAGACUGCUUGUGACUCUCAAACUGAUCGCUGGUGCUCGUGACACGUUGCCGUGGAGUUUCCUCCUCUGGUCGACGAUGCUACUGUUCAACGAGGACCUUCCCCCCAGCUGGACUCGGUCACCUCAGCCUUAUUGCUCGCUGGCGGAGCCUUCACUGCUCUUCCUCCACUCCUCCCCAUCCUGUUUGAAACACUAUGCUCCUCCUUCUACUACCCCUUCCACUCCACUUUCUCCUCGUCGCCAAAGAAGGAUGCAGAGAUGCCAAAAAUGGUGCUCAUGUUCUUAUUCACGGGGAUACCUUCAUUUCCAGCAAAUAAUUUAAUGAAACUCAUCAUGCUAGGGGGUCACUACUUCAACUCUGAUGUCAGCUGUUUUGGUACUCUCUCCUCACAACCAGAAGCCUUAGAUUUGAGUGUUUUCUGUCAGAUUUUGUACAGCUGUUUGGGCAUUAGCACUACACAGGAAUCAGUCCUGUUAGCCAAUUAAAACACCACAGUUAAAUGUAGAGCCUGACUGAUAUAUCAUUUGGCCGUUAUAGGCCCAUAUCAGUACAGACAUUCAUUUUAUCUAGGUAUAUAUUUAUCAGUGUGGAUGAGGGCUGGUAUACAGUGUGUCCAGCAGAGCAUUCUUACAACACUUGCAGCCCAUGUAGCAAAGCAUUACAGACAGGAAAUCUGCACUACAGAUUUUUAUAGAGUAAUAUGAAAUGUAUGAAAAAGCAACCUUCAAAGUACUUUUGUGAAGUCUUAUCAGCGCAGAAUCUAUGUAAAGGAGGUCCAAUUUUAUUCUAGGUAAAAAAGUCACUAUCAACUGGGGAUGCAACAAUUAUCAAUACAAUACUGAACCAUUUGGUGCAGCAUCUAUGGUUUCAGACUCAUGUACAUUUUGCAUUUUUGGGGGUUUAAGGUUCAACUACCAUCUUAUACAUUUAUUUGAAUUGGCUCAGUUUGUACUGAGAAAAGGAAACUCAUCAGCAUGAGUAAAGACUCAAUCUAAGGUCUAAAAAUUAACACCAGCCCAGCACCAAAAGCAGGUAGUUUCUCUGUUUUGAGAAACUUUUUACACCAGGUGGAUAUUUGCACCAAAAUGGUCAGGCAUAAGAAAACUAUGCUGUGUCAAAAUUGCUAGUGCAUGCUAUCAGGGUUUAGCAGUGGCACACUGAGAAAGACAUCCAACAAGUGUAUGACCACUUAUCUUUCAAGCGUCACUCUCCAGGUGAAACUCGCCAAGCCACAAAAUGCUUGUGAUUCCUUGAUCGAUGAAAGCAUGUCAUAUUUGAGUUGAAAACAUUUUCAGUGAAAUGAAAACUGCAUUAAGCUUGUAUACGACAUGGACUGAAAACAGUCCUUUUCAUCCCCUCUCAUGUCAUCAUGCAAGUGACUGACAACAAUCUAAAACACCCAGCCUGGUGUAGACUUAUUCUUACAUAACAGUGCUCUAAAAACAUAUUCUUUCAAUACAUCCUACUUGUAAUUCUUUGUGUAACACAGCUCAUGAUGCCAGCAGUGGAUGAAUUUUGUCUUCAACAGCUGCAGAAUUCACCUAAAACCCCUAAAAAUGCAAUUUAAAAAACCCUCUGCAGGGGCAUCAGAAUUGAAACUGAGCCCAAGACGGAGUUGUAUAUUGAACCAUGAAAUACCUGUGUUGUUGCAUCCCUAUGUUCCAAGAUGAUAAAUUUCAAAGUCUGUGAAAUGCAAAUUUGAAUUUAAACAAGUCAACCAGUGUUAAGAAGAAACUCCAAAUACGGUCAAAAUAGAGCACAGUUUUUUUUUUUAUAUCAAGGCUAAACACGGUGUAACGGCAACGUUAGAAGUGUAGGCACUGCCAGCCUUUACUCCUCCUUGCAGGUUUACCAACACAUGCCUGUGCUUAAUCUGGUUAAGAACUUCUCUAGUCUGUACUCCAGUUUAACCUAACUUGGACUACGUUCAACUUCUUUCCAUGUUCUUGUUUAAAAUACUAAAGCUAAACUGCUGCAUGCCAUCCAUUGUCUGUGCUGGUAUGCAUCCAGAAAGUGAAGCAUUAUGGCAGUAGCCGUUAACAGCCCAGCUAAUGGUGAAUGAUUGCAUUGCAAAGCAUUGUUAAUAAAAGAUAUCAAUAAUUAGUUUAGUUGAACCAUGAUUCUGGUGCUGACUUAAAUUGUCAGCUAUUAACGCACCUAUAUUAUCUGUAAUAUCACUGAUUGUUUCCUCCCUUAAUUGUGACCUAUAUCAGUGUGAAAAUAUCAGUAUAUCAGUCAGGCUCUUGUGAAACCAUUGCUUCUAAAUCCUUUGUCUAACUUAGGUUAGUUUUUCCCUGCUUCCCUUUUGGUGUUUUUGUCUUUUUUUGCCCCUUGAAUUCCUACCUUUUGUUUGUUUUGGGGUUAAAAAAAGCCAUUGCAUCCUGUCCUGUUGUACUUUGUCCAAAUUGCUUCCAUCACAACUUCUCCAACACACAGCAUACACAAAAGCAAAGAAGCCUCUGGCUUACUCUUCUACGGAAAUAUUUAUUUUUCAUUGUGUUAACUUGGUUUACUUUUUUCUUUACAAUAGUGAUGAGGAAACGGAUAUAUUUGCACAUUUAUCUCCUCCACGUGGCAGCUGAGUAAUAAAGAUUUUUGGAGAAAGAGAAACAAGAUUAAACCUCAUGAUUUUUGUUUAAGAAUUUUGGACAUCAACAAGCAUUACAUCAGAGUUUUAAGUCUCAUCAGCCUGGCCGAUCAUCUGAUAGGACAUUUUAGUCAUCUUCAGCUCUGAUUUCAAGCAACAAGGCAGCAUCUCGUUGCACAGCCAUUUAAACAAGAUGUGCCAUUUUUUUCUCAUUUUUUAAACUGAAGUCACCUUUGUUUCCUGGCAAACUACAAUCAGGUGUUGAUUUGCUUUCAGAAUCACUGUGUUUAUUUAUGAUUGAUUCCUGGGUUGAUUGUUUCUGAAACCUUAUGGAAGUUCUGCACAAUGAUGCAUCUUUUCCACUGCACCAUUAAUGUUACUUUAGUGUAGUCUCUGACUCAUUUGAGGGCCACUUUCAUUUCAACACUGGGUGCUCAAAUCUGAACACACUUCCUCAUAAACCUGCCUCCAUGUGGUCACUGACAUCAGAGGGAGGUUAUUUGUUCUCUUUGUUUUGGGGGAAUGAAGAGUUUUUUUUGUCAGGUUCUCAGAGAUUAAACUCACAAAUCAGCAUCUAGGGUGCUCUGAGCUGCAGCAUUAACCGGCUUCUUGAAAUAUUUCUGGUUGAGUGUGAGAAAAGCAUAUUUCGGGAUGUUAUUUUCAUACAGUAGAUGUCUCUUAGUCUCGCCAGGAAGCAUCAAAUUAGUCGAUGACGAGUACAACAAUAACAUUCUGCUGUAGGUGGAAUGAGCUUAUGUGACUGUCUUUUAUACACAAAGUUUGAUUGGAAGCGUUUUCCCUUUUUUUAAUAAAAGAUAUUUGAUUUCACAAAGA